AUGGAGCCGCCAACGGUUCCCCCUGAAGAACUCAUUCUAGAAAUCCUAUCUUUUCUUCCGGUGAAACCUCUGGUUCGAUUCAAAUGCGUGUCGAAGUCAUGGAACUCUACCAUCUCUGAUUCUCAAUUCAUCAAACUCCACCUUCACCGAUCGUGUUCUAGAAGAAACACUGAUUUCGUCGCCUACUUCCGCUCCCUGGUAAACCGUUCAGCAAGUGCAACAACUCCAAUACGUAUCCCCGAUGAGUACAAAUUCAGUGGAACAUUCGAUGGGUUGAUUUGUUUGUUGAAAAGAGAAGAAAACUUCGUUCGGAUCCGUUUAUGGAACCCAGCUACGAGGUCAAUGUCUCAACAUUCGCCACCUCUACAUUUCUCCAACACAGGUUUAGGGUUUGAGUUUGGUUAUGAUUGUUCAAGUGAAACCUACAAGGUGGUGGUGGUGACUCGCUCUGUGUUCGCGUCUCGGGGGACAACUGUGAAUGUUUACAACAAUGGUGAUACUUGUUGGAGAAGAUUGCAAGUUUUCCCGAGAGGUACUUAUCCUAUAAGUAAUGCAGUUAAUGUGAGCAACACUCUUAAUUGGUUAGCAAUUCUACCAGAUGUAUUACAUGGAUACAGUGCUACUGAACAAAUGAACUCUGAUGCAUUCAUAAUUUUUUCGUUUGAUUUGGGGAAAGAAAACUAUGCACAACUAUCAUUGCCUUAUUGUCCUCGAUGCAUAUAUGAAAUCCGCGAAUUUAUGCCAGCCCUUGGGGUUUUGAAAGAUUGCCUAUGUCUUUGUUACACUGAAAAGAAAUUGCAUUUUGCGAUUUGGCAAAUGAAAGAGUUUGGAGUGCACAAUUCUUGGACUCUGUUGUUUAACAUUACUACUGGCUAUGAAUUUUUUUUGGCUAUAAUUUUCACCGGUCCUGUUUUGCAAUGCACAUGUCUGAGAAUGACGAUUUCCUGUUGUCAAAACAUGGUGUGUCCCAAUCCCAAGCAGUUCUCUAUACCCAGAAAGACAAUAAAUUAG